AUGGAUGCCUCUCUGAAAUGCUCAGUGAAAGCCGGGACAGCGAAGAUUCCCUUCGCAGUCUCAGAUGACACUGCAGGACUACAGCAGGACCUGUUGAACCGGGUCGAUGUCAGCAAAGUACAAGCCCUUCAAUCUCAAGUGCAAGCGGUACUUCGGGCAGAGAUGAUCAGACUGGCAGAUCUUCGGCAUGUGACCCAGUGGUCGAAAGAUUUGCAGAAGCAGCUGCACCUUGACCACGCAGAUCGUUUAGUGCGCGUUGGCUGGCCGUGUAAAGAGCUAGCAUGCUGUGAACAUGUUCUGCGUAUGGUGGAUGCAUGGGAUGCCUUGCUGGCGCAAGUUCAGGAGCGUAUGAAAGCUCCCAACACUAUGGGGGGACCCAUAUUGCUAAAGCAACUGGCUGAAGCAUGGGCAGCGAUCUCCAAGCUUGAGAAGGCGUAUCAAGAGAUCCAAGAUCGAGCUCGGAGUGCUGCAGGCCUUGUUACUGCCUUUGCAGACCGACUUGCGGCCGACGCUAGGCGAGAGACGGGCUUUGUUGGACUGCGCCAGGGCUUGGCCGCUGUGCUUUCUGACCCAAAGCUUUGCAGCAGCCUGGAAGACCUCGGAGCCGAGCUACCGCCCCUGGAGUCCAGGGCUCACACACGGGUGCCGCGCUUGGGCUAUGAGCCCUCAGAGCUGAGCAAGAAGGACGCAUGCUGGCAAUGCUUGGAGCGUGGUGAGGAAGCGCAGGCCAUGCUUUUGGUGGAAGAGGAAUUGAAAAGCGGACGUGACGGCAGGAGAGGUCGCAGCAUCUUCUUGCUUUCAAUACUGCAUGGGCUUCCAGCAGUAGCUCUUCGAAUCUGGGAGCUGUUCCCUCCCGACGGUGGAUGCCGAGGUGUGGACACAAGCGAGACGACAACUUCAGGAGACACGUUGAUGCACCUCAUCUGUAGGGCAAAGAAGUUCGACAGUCUGCAUGCAGAGUUGGUGUCAAAGCUGUUGAGUUCAACUGGCGGUGCGCCAAUCAUUUGUCAGAAGAAUGAUGAAGGUCAGACGUUCCUGCAUGUUGCAGCAGCACGCCUGAAUUGCAGAGUGCUGGCACAAUGUUUGACGGUCGUUCCGGGCUUGGUUACCCGAAUCGUUGAGCUCGAUUCUUCAGGCCAGACUCCGCUGUUCAUACUGGCACGGCACCUCCAAUGUUUGGGUGGGGUCCCCACAGUCCCCACUGCACCCUCGCGCGACGAAGUUCGAGCAGCAUCCAAGCCCGUGGGCGGUGCAGAGGUGGCACUCGAAGUCGAGGACGAGGUGUCUGGCAAGCUCGUGCGUUGGCUUCUGAGAAUUCCUGCUAUUGCAGACUGGCUGGGGCGGCGGGGUCUGAAAGGAGGGCCAACGCCGGAUGCUGACAGGAGAGCCGAUGUGAGCGGGGCUGGCGGGGACAGAGGCUUUGUGAUGGGAAUGAACUUCCAGCUCAGGCGAGACGGUAGCUGCCUCAAGGCGGCUGCGACUUUGGAAGAUCGUCGUACACUCGUGCAGAGUUCCUUUACAGUACGGAGCCUUAUGUCUUGCAACACAGAUCCUCGGAAGCGCAUGGAUGGCUUGUCAAGUUUGAGGCCUAUGCUGAUCCGCGGUGCGCUGGCAGCAGGUCUUGAUGUGGAACAGCGUCGGUAUGUUUUGUUUAAGAUGCUCACUACGCCUGACGCUUUGGUUUCAGCAGGACAUUCCGAUGACGGCCUCCAAAGGCAGGCGAAGGUGGUGCAGGCAGUGCUUUCGGAGAUGGAGCACCAGAUCCGGCACAUGAAAUCAAGAUCCGACAAUGCUCAUCAUCGGGACGAAGGCCCAAUGGUAUUCGUAAUAACUUCCCCGUGCUUCUGGGUUUGA